AUGAAGAGAUUCUGGGAUUGUGCAGAGGAUGCCACAUCGAAGCGCCAAAAGGCUUCGAACCAAGCUAGGUUAACCAGUCGGCAUAUCGGGAAUUAUACUGUCGCUUGGUUUUGUGCAAUACACGAGGAAUUGGCAGCCGCUCGAGACAUGCUGGAUGAGGUUCACGAACCUCUUCCCAACAUUCCACAAGAUGAUCCCAACCACUACACCCUGGACAGUAUCAAGGGACGUGAUAUUGUCAUUACCUGUCUACCUCACGAUCGCUGUGGAACAUGUAAUGCAUCUCUGGAUGCAGCGAACAUGAAGCGGUCUUUUCCCCGAAUUCGCGUGAAUUUAAUGGUCGGCGUCGGCGGUGGCGUGCCUGGCAAAGCGGACAUUCGGCUGGGUGACAUCGUUGUUGGAACGAGAGUGAUGCAAUACGAUCUUGGGAAAACUGUAGGACAUGGCAAGUCCGAGCGAACGGCGAUUCCGAGGACAUAUGACCACUUGAUUGAAACAACCCUGACUAGCCUCCGAUCGAAGCAUGAUCACCGCCUCUUCGUUAUGAAUUAUGAACAUGCAUCCAAAGGAUCGAGUUGUGAUGAAUGCGACCAGUCAAAGUUAGUCAAACGGCCCGACAGGACACCCGAGCACACAUUGAAGAUUCACUAUGGUACUGUUGCUUCUGGAAAUCAGGUCAUAAAGCACGCUAUGACUCGAGACAAGCUUGCCGAAGAGCUGGAUGUAAUUUGUUUCGAAAUGGAGGCAGCAGGUCCCAUGGAAUAUUUUCCUUGCCUCCCAAUCCGGGGCAUCUGUGACUAUUCGGACUCCCACAAGACCAAGGAAUGGCAAAGAUGUGCCGCCUUAAAUGCAGCCGGGUAUGCGAGAGAGUUCAUUGAGGAGCUCCGUUUGACCAGGGAGCAGGUAAUUGCUAUCUCAAAUCCAGACGCUGAUCAAUCAGCGCUGCAAGAACGUCGGAAACAAUUGCUGGACGCACUCCGAUUCAAUCAGAUUGAUUUCCGCCGAUUGACCAUCAAGAAACACCAUGCGAAAACAUGUCAAUGGUUUCUCUCUCACCCCGAUUACAAAAUGUGGCUGGACCCCGCAUGGUUAAAGGGAAACAAUGGCUUUAUUUGGAUAAGUGGUAAGCCCGGCGCAGGGAAGUCUACUAUCAUGAAGUUCGCAUACUUGGAAAUGAAGCGAAGCACUCUCAAAUCAGAGGGCCGUGUUGUUACUGCUUCAUUCUUCUUCAAUGCUCGGGGAGAGUAUUUGGAACGAUCGACCGUUGGGAUUUAUCGAUCCUUGUUACUUCAACUCCUUGAGGGAUACCCUGACCUCCAAAUUGUGCUAGAUGAUCCCGAGGUCGUUCCUCCAUGUCAAAAUGACUGCCCUUCUUUGAUUACUCUCAAAGAUCUCUUUUGGGACUCGAUGAAUGUGACGAACAAGCAGGAGAUUCCGUUCCGGAUUUGUUUCUCCAGUCGUCAUUAUCCAUAUAUAGUCCCCCGAUACGGAAAACGGCUGAUAUUGGAGGUUCAAUCGCGCCAUUCAAAAGACUUGGAGACCUACAUCAAGAGUCGUCUUCGAAUUUCGGACCCUGCCCUAAUUGAAGAGUUACAUCUUACUCUUCUCAGCAAAGCUGCUUGUGUCUUCAUGUGGGUCGUCCUUGUUGUCGACAUUAUGAACAAAGAGUAUCAGCGAGGCGGCCUAGCCUUCAGGAAGAGAAUUGCUGAGAUACCGAGUGACUUGGGUGAACUUUUUAAGGACAUCCUGACACGAGAUGCAGAUAAUAUGGAGCAACCCCUCCUCUGCAUUCAAUGGAUUCUGUUUGCUCGGUGGCCUUUGCGACCUGUUGAAUUUCACAUUGCUGUUUGGUUCGGACUGUCACUACGCAAUUUGGUUGAUAAUCAGAUUCCAGUCAUCCCAUCUUCCGAGACUGAGAGUGAGGGACUGAAAGUUUUUGUGAUUGGUUCCUCAAAAGGCCUGGCUGAAAUCACCAAGUCCGAGACACCCACCGUUCAAUUCAUUCAUGAAUCCGUCCGUGACUUUCUGGUCAAGGAUAACGGUCUAUAUCGAGUAUGGCUUGAAUUAGAGUCAGGGUGGCAGAGCGCAGCCCAUGAGGAUCUCAAGCAGUGUUGCCACUUCUACCUAAAUCGCCCUUGGGUGCUGCAAUUUUCCUGCAACCUCAUUUCUGAGUCCAAAUCGGAAUCCAGAUCCAAGCAGAGGGCGGAUGCCUCAAAUAAAUACCCUUUCCUAGUGUAUGCUAGUCGGCAUAUUCUCGACCAUUCUGAUGCCGCCGCUGAAAUCCGUCCUCAGCAAGACUUUCUGUCUCAUUUUCCGCUUUCACGUCGGAUAAAGAUGAACAAUCUUUUCCAUAAAUUCAAGAAUCGGGAAUACAGCAAUGGAAGUCUUUUGAUGAAACAAGAUCCUCAGGUCCAUUCACCUGUUCUUAACGAAAAAUAUGAGUACCCGCUCUUCGCCGCCCUUGCCAGCUGCAACAAAAACACCGUUGCUGCAAUUUUGAAUGCACCUCCCAACAGUUUGCAGCACAGAAAGGACUUUGGAGCUUGCAAGGGUGAAACACCAUUAACUUGGGCUGCGCGAAAUGGCAGAUUGGGUAUUUUAAAGCUGUUGCUAGAGGCGGGAUUAGAUGUGAGUCAGAAAGAUAGGAGGGGGUUCACAGCGCUUUCACAAGCUUUGGAAAACUGCCAUGAGUCAGUUGCAAGGCUUCUUAUUGAAAAUGGAGCCAAUCUCGACCACAAUUUGGAAUCUGGAAUGACACCACUUGCAGGAGCUUCACGUAAUGGCUAUUUGGCCCUGGUAAGGCUUCUGAUCGACAAUAGAGCCAUGAUAAAUGGUGAUCAUGGAGGUACAGCCCUUUUUCAAGCUCUAGAGAAUGGCCGCGAGGAAGUUGCAGCGUUUCUGAUCGAAAAUGGAGCCAAUAUCAAUGCUGAAAAUCUAUUUGGAGUGUCUCCACUAUCAGUCGCUUCCUGGACUGGCCACAAACACAUAGUAAGGCUUCUUAUUGACAAAGGGGCAGAUGUCAAUGCUAUGAAUUUAUGGAAAAUCACGCCCAUUCUUCACGCUUCUGAAAAAGGAUAUGACGCAGUAGUGCGGCUUCUCAUCGAACGCGGGGCCGAUGUUAAUGCUAUUGACUGGUCCAGAAGCACACCAAUUUCCCACGCUUCUGAGAAAGUUGAUGAGGCAUUAGUAAGGUCUCUGAUUGACAGUGGCGCCAAGGUCAAUACUAUUGAUAGGUUUGGAUAUACACCAUUUUUAAAGGCCUCUAAUAAUAGCCACAGCGCAGUAGUAAAGCGUUUGAUCGAGAACGGGGCAGAUGUCAACGCUAUUGAUCCAUUUGACGAACUGCAAUUUCCCAAGCCUCUGUGA